GUUGGCCGAUUGCAAUUGCUUACCCUUGGAGGUUUGCACCUGCAGCGAAAAAGAGAUGUGGCUGAUGCACGACGCUAGCGAAUUCAGUCGCCACACAGACUUGCUGUGUCGUCAUCGUCGAAGAGUCACUCUCCAGUCAAUACCAAAGAGGUUACGCCUGUACAGCCCACGGGGUACCUGAUGACUCCGGCGUCAGCACUGAAUGUUUACAAAUUGGAAAGUCUGGAGCGCGGUACAUAUGUAGCACCACAAGCAACAACACACUAACGAACAUGGCGACGCUCAGUACGUUGCCCAAUGAGAUUAUCUCAAUAAUCACCAGCCAUUUCGAUCGGCCCAGAGAUCUGCUCCACCUGGCUUUGACAAGUCGCCGACUAUCAGAGUUUGCGAGGUUGGAUGGAUGGAAGGCUCUGCUCAAGGGACGCUUCCGUCUCAAUGGAUUAGACACAGAUGCCCAGAACUCAGUACACGGCUUGACCACCCUCUACCGGAACUGGGAUCGGAAAGGUUUCGUCGCCAGAUACGUGGAACCCAGUAUCGAGACUACAAGUCUAAAUACCUGGGAACCAGCACGAUGGAGAGGACCUCGCGGGCAGACCAUGGGUUACCAGCCUAGCAUUGACAGCUACGAAGAGACCUUGGGGUCGUGGGCUAAGAGAAGGGAGGUUUUGGCGUGGUCCGCUGGCACGCAAAUUGUCAUGAGAGUGAAAGAGACGGGAUCAAGAAACAAAGAUGAUCUCACGGACAACACGAGAACCCUCGACUCUUUUGGGCAUUCGAAUUCGUGGUACACCUACAAGGUCCCAGACAGCAGCGAAGGGAGAGACGAUAUCACAAGCCUGCGACUCCUUCGACCGCAUCAGAAAGAGCAAGGCUUCGAGACAAUGGUUUUUGGUACAGCUUCUGGUCAACUUGCACGACUCGACGUCGAUCCACAGCAGUCCCAAACCAUCGAGCAAUGCUUUAACACCCUUGAUCGAGCUGUUGGUGCUCUUACUGUAUCCUCUUCUAGCACACCUCUGCUGGCGGCGACUCUUGGAGACACGUCGUUGUCACUCUUUCCUUUGGACUGCGAUGUAUCUGAGAAGCCGAUCGAAGCAGUAUCAGAUGUGACACCAACCAUACAAGGAGCUCGAACUGGCCGCAUCUGGUCUUGUCAAUUCCUGUCAGAACACAAAGUCGCUAUUGGCAUUGGACCAACCAGUGAGCCAAUACAAGUUUACAGGAUCACACCAGACGGCUUCUUGUCCGAUCCAUACCGAUCUUUCACACUAGGCACAGCCCGGAGCUCACAAACUUCCAUCUAUCCAAUCCUACCAGUCUCAGAUCGCACACAAGGCGGUUCACAAGCCGGCAACGUCUUUCUAUCAGGCGGGUACGACGGCAUCGUCAGACUCCACGACCUACGCUCUCCUCGCGACGUCGAGAAUCUAUACUGGGAUCCCAUAAACGACUCCUCUAUCUACUCACUCGCAACACAAGGCCUCGAACGAGUCAUAGUUGGCAUCUCAAUGCACAGCAUGCUCAAAGUCUUCGACCUGCGUCUGUCAGGCUCACACGCCUACCACAGCAUCUCUCUCCCCUCUCAGCCGAGAUCAAAACCUCGAGGCCGAGACUAUGCCUCAAAUGCCAUUGUCAAAGCAUCAAAGGACAUCACAUCCGCUAUCUGCGGCGGCUGGAAUCUAUAUUUGAACCCGCGCAACCCACCAAAACGCGAAGCCUACCGGGAAGACUACUGGCGCGGCCGUGAAGACUCGCCUGUGUACAGUCUUUCCAUUCCAUCAGCCACAAGUCCGAGCUUGUAUGCCGGCCUCGAAGGCUUAAUCCAAAACCUCACAUUCCACGGCAUCGCCGACCCAUAUCCGGAUAUUUUGCUUUCACAAUCUGUAACACACUUCGCAGGUGGUGGUGCGUUUGAUGUAGGAUCAUCAUACAAUCCUAGAGGGGACGCUCUGAAUUUGGGCAUGUAUGAGCAGGGCAACGAAGAGGGAUUGGGUAUGCAGCUUCUUGUGCAAGACGAUGUUACUACCGAAGUAGCACAUAAUGGUCUGAGGCGGGAGGAUGUAAAAUACGGAGGUCUUGAUGAGCGAUGGAAAGAUCUUAGAGACGAGAAGGACCGAUGGACAAGAGGUGUGCCUCAAGGCCCAAGACAGGGUAACAGAGGCGGAAGGGGUGGUAGAAGUAGAGGCAGAGGUCGCGGCCGUGGUCGCGGUGCUUAGAUCCCCUACCCCCUGCCAACUUCGUUCAAGGGCAGCACUAACUGGAGGAGCGUUUUGCUGACUCAGCGGGCCCUAUCUCAUGUAGCAAAAAAGGCGGAUUCAAGCUCGGAUUAAUGGGAGGUACUCAGUACUAUUCUGUAAGCCAUCUGCAAUCUGAUACCCCUUUUUAGGACUACGGCGCUUGCUGUGUGCCCUGUAC